UUAUAGAGAUGCAGUAGCUCUCGCGAUGAAAACCUUUGAAGAAGAUUUGAAAGACAAUUUAUCAUUCAUUGAAGAACAUGAGAAGAUAAUUAACAGUCAUUUGGUGGAUUUCAUUACGGGAAAUUUAUGGGAAAAGUUGCCCAAAGAUUUACGGAUCGAGUUGGAACAAUUCCAAAACAAAUCAAAUUUUUCUGACUUAAUGAACCGUUGUCCUACAUUGCAAUCAAUAAUAGAAGAAACAAACUCAUUGAAUUUAAAAAAUAAUCCUAAGGUUUUGAAGCUAGAAGAUUUGCCAUUAAAUUUAUCAAGAAAUACUUUGAAUUGGGAAAAGAAUCAUUCACUGAAAGAACCUCAGAAUGACUUUAUGAAGGAUAAGAAACGAUAUGAGAUCUCAGUUCUUUCAAACGUUAUUGAAUCCCUAGCAGCAGAUAACAAAUCUCUAGUUAUUGAUGCGGGCGGAGGAAAAGGAUAUUUAGGCACUUAUUUAUCCGGCAAAUAUUCAGUUCCGGUUCUAUCCAUUGAUUCAAACCCAGGGAGAAAUACGAGUGCAAUCAAUCGACAGAAAUUGAUGGAAAAAAAGAAAAAUCAAUCGUUUCCUCUUACACGACAUUCCAUCGAAUUUAUUGAUGAAAAUACAAAUUUUUCGAAAUUAGUGAAAUUCCAUUUUCCAAAUUGGAGUGGAAAUGACUAUCUUCUUACGGGUCUUCAUAGCUGUGGACCUUUGGCUCAUGCUAUGAUCAAAAGUUUCAUCAAUUCUGACGCUCUGAAGAGUCUCUGCGUCAUCUCGUGUUGUUAUCACUUGACAGACGAAUUUUUAACAACUAGAAUCAACUUUACGAAAACUAUGCGGAUGUUAGCUCAACAAUCUGUGGAGAGGAUUUCAGCUAAAAAUUGCGAACAUCCAGCUUCCAUUUUCUACAGAGCCCUUUUACAAGUUUUACUACAAACUCUUGGAAUUCCAGAUGAGAGAGUAGGAAGAGGAGCUCCAACAGAGGAUUUUCAGACUUAUGCAAAAUGGGCAUUGGCAAAAGUGAGAUUCCCUCCACAUGAAAGGCCCUUAAACAAUGACUUGACUAAUCUCCAAAAAAAAUAUUCGGACUAUCAAUGGAAACUGAACGUUUUCCAAACCCUCAGAGCACAUAUGGGCGCCGUGAUCGAGUCUUCCAUCAUUCUCGACCGCUUUGUCUACCUCCAGAAAUCCAAAAAGUGCUCCAAAUUGUCGAUAGUACGUCUGUUCGAUCCGUUGUUAUCGCCCCGAUGUUACGCAAUAAUUGCAUCGAAGUAGAGAAAAAAACACGUGGGACAAUGAAUUGAAAUAUGUACAGAAAUUACAUUAUUUUUGAAUGAAAAAAAAAUUGGCAUAA